AUGCCAACUCUGUGGUUUAUUAGCAUUGUUUUGUUGCUCUCCCUCUACUCCAAGACGCAGGGGCUUCCACACAGGUGUUUUCAGGUAAGACAUCAGGUCUUUAAACCCCAGUUUAAAGAUAAAUACUUUCCCAAAAUACUGGACCACUUCAACUUCAACAGCAUGGGCAAUGGCACCUAUGAGCAGCAGUACCUAAUCACAGGUGAGCAAUGAGCAAUGAGCAUCCAUCAAUUGACAUUUCACACACUUCAUACUGACCUAUCUUAUUCUGUCCAACCUGCAUGCCCACUUUUGACUAUUGUCAUGCUCUGUGUCCUUCUAGAUGAGUACUGGAAGAGAGGCUAUGGACCCAACUUCCUCUACACAGGAAACGAGGGAGACAUCUGGGAGCUUGCCCUGAUCCUUACUUUGCUGAGCAUGUAAGAAGAGGCCAUGAUGUGUCACAUGUUCAUGUUGAAGCUUGUGACCAUGACAGAACUGUGGAAGUUACUCAACUAUGUCACAGAAAUAGCCUGCUCUCGUAUCCAAAAAGCGUCUCAAGAGUAGAUUGUAUGUACAGAUCCUAGAUCAGCACUCCUACUCUGAGAUGCUUUAUGGAUAUGGGCUCUGGUAUCAGAUAAGUUUGUGCUUAGUCAACCUCUCUCUGUUAUGAUCAUUUUGAUACCAGACUACAGAAUGUACUUGGGUUACUGAAGGUGGAACAGGCCCUGGCAGACUAUGCUGUCAUAAUCACAUAACUGAAACAGCAGCUAGGAGCCUCAGCAUACCCAGUUGUCUUUGGUGGGAGGUAAGAGCUCAAUAACAGGCCAUUGGAAAUCAUAUUGAAUUAGGUAAUUUUUAUUAUUCAUAGCUAAACUCAAGUUCCACUUUUUUGGUACAAAGCAAACUGUUACAAUGCCUUUAGAUAAAAAUCCUAAGUAAUUGCGGUGCCAAAUAUAUUCUCCAAUAAUAAAGGCAUUAUGAUUCUCUACAGAUCCAGUUAAUUCCCAAUUCUGUGCUUCCUAAGUAUUAGUCUGAUACUCAAUGAGACAACAUCAUCAACUUCAUUAGAGAUAGGCUAGUCUCUCAUACAAAGGUUGUCUUUUCUCUGUCUCACCUUCAGUUAUGGAGGAAUGCUGUCGGUGAGGUACCUCAACAUCGUAGCAGGGGCUCUGGCUGCCAGUGCUCCCAUCCUGUCCACUGCAAAAAUGGGGGAAUCCACACAGUUUCUCCAGGAUGUCACAUCUGCAAGUUCACACUUGACCUGCAUUUUCUACAAUCUUAAUUUCUCUGUUAACAAUAUCCCCCCAACAUAAUAUAAUAUAAUAUAAUAUAUAAUAUGCCAUUUAGUAGACGCUUUUAUCCAAAGCGACUUACAGUCAUGCGUGCAUACAUUUUUUUUUGUGUAUGUGUGUGUAUAGGAUUUUGUAUAACAUGUGUGUGUAUAGGAUUUUGAGAACUCUGCCCCAGAGUGUAGGGAUGCUGUGAGAGGGGUAUUCCAGAGGCUGCAAGACCUGGCUCAAAUAGAAGGUAAAGUAUGCAUGUACAAUAUCAGAUGAGCCCCUGUAGAAAUGGGGUCAUCAUUUGAAUGUGCCUUUGCAACCUAUGAAUGUCAUCACGGUUGCAACAUGUAAAGAGUUGGUUCCAUGUUUCAUGAGCUGAAAUAAAAGAUUCCAGAAAUGUUCCAUACGCACAAAAAGCUUAUUUCUCUCAAAGUUUGUGCACAAAUUUGUUUACAGCCCUGUUACUGAGCAUUUCUCCUUUGCCAAGAUAAUCCAUCCACCGCAGACCACGUGUAACCACGCCAGCCCAGGACCUCCACAUCUUGCUUCUUCACCUGCUGGAUUGUCUGAGGGGGGGUGGGGGUGGGGGGGUGCUCCGGAGUAUUUAUGUCUGUAAUAAAGCCCUUUGGUGGGGAAAAACGUAUUGUGAUUGGCUGGGCCUGGCUACGAAGUGGGUGGGCCUAUGUCCUCCCAGGCCCACCCAUGGCUGCACCCCUGCCCAGUCAUGUGAAAUCCAUAGAUUAGGGCCUAUUUAAUUUAUUUCAAUUGACUGAUUUCCUUAUAUGAACUGUAACUCAGUAAAAUCUUUGAAAUUGUUGCAUGUUGCGUUUAUAUUUUUGUUCAGUAUAGCUUUGAAACUACAGAAGCACUGUGUGAUCUUCCAUCAUUACAGUAAUGGUGCAUGGUUGUCUCCUUUCCAUGUUUGUCCCACUUCAGACUAUGGUCGUAUCCAGUCAGAGUUCUCCCUGUGCAAGACUCCCUGCUCCCAUAAGGACAUCCACCAGCUGAAUGGGUUCCUACGUAAUGCCUUCACCCUUAUGGUCAUACUGGACUACCCCUACAGCACCCACUUUAUGGGUAGCAUGCCUGCCAACCCAGUCAAGGUACUGUUGCUCACUAACACCAACUCAUUGGAAUUUCACCCCUACUAUGUCGUUCAAACCAUACUAUGUUGUUUGUGUUGAACUAAAGUGAGAACUCUAUGUGCUUGUUAUUAUUGUAGGGAGGCCUGUGAUACCAUGUUGGGUGGAGCUGAUAUGCUGCAUUCCCUCAGACACUGCAGGUAAGUAGGCGACAGGACUGUCCAGUAAGUUCUCAAUGAAUCCUUCAAGGAUCCUACCAUUUGACUUUUGUAUCACUCAGAGGCAUUUCAUAUCAGUGUUCACUAGAGGGUGCUCCUCCUACACUUCCCCCAGCUGCUCCUCAGGCAGAAUGGCUAUAAAGCAUAAUUCCCAAUCAACCCAGAAAUCACUGUAGAACUGAUGAUCUGUAUAGCAGGUGCUCACAUUUCCUCAUCAAAAUUCUAUGUUAGGUCUACCAGCAACUGUAAUGGUGUAAUAUGUUUUUUAUGCUGAAUCUCCUACAGGAAUAGUGUACAACUCUACAGGAGAUUUUACCUUCUUUGACCUCUACACCCUGUAUGUGGAGUGUGCUGACCCAACUGGCUAUGGACUUCAAUAGUCUGACCUGGGACUACCAGGCACACUGUACAUCACCAAACGGUUGUCACUUGCUCUUUGCUCAGCAUGUGAGCUGGUUCUAUUCUUUUUGGCAAUUUUCUGGUGUAAAACUGAGCGGGUCAAGCAGAAUACGUCAACCCUGUUCCCACAGAUAAUUAAUUUAAAUAAAAAAAAUUGCCACAUUCAAUUGCCACUCCCUGUCACCAGGGGAUUUAUGGCUGAUUUAAGAUGAAGUCAUCAACCCUGUUACUUUAUUUGGCACUUAAUAGGCACUUACUAUAGUCUUUUUAACAUUUUAUUUAACCUCUUGAGAUGGCACCUGAUUGGUGGAACGACCCUGCUGCCUUGCUCAUUUCAACAUAAUUUGAAAUUCCCACACAGUACACAUGGCUUGCUUCUAGAACAACUUCUCUGUAGUGCCACCCUAGUCUGCUUGUUUUUUUCCAUAGUACGGUUUCCUCAGUUUAUGUUUCUGUUCUUUUUUGCCUUGAUCAGCCCUCUCCACGGCCAGCAACAUUCUUUUCUCCAAUGGAGAUCUGGACCCAUGGAUAAAAUGGAAGGGUAAGAUAUUAAUCAAAUUUGUAAGAUUUCUGUUCUGUAGGUGAGAAAGUCCUUGAGCUCAUCACUAAUUGCAAUCAACAUCUCAGAGGGGGCUCACCAUUUGGAUUUGAG